AUGUCUCUCAAUGAUAACAAGGUACCUCAGGAGACUAUCGAGGGCCAGCUAGACCGACAGCUCUCCAUCCUCAGAGGGCCACUAGCACCGGCGGCGAGUCGUCUACGCAGCAUGGACCUCUUCUUCACGUCAGGCAAGCUAGAGAAGGAUGGCGAGUCCAAGAACGAGAACGAAGAUAACUCCAUGUCCACUCCGUUAGAAUCUCUCGACCCUAUGGACGCCGGAGACUGGGCGUUUGAGAUCAGGAUCGACAAAGAGACCUGUAAGGUGACUCGUUCACGUGGAGCUAUCAACGAUAUGAUCAGGCGUGUCAUGACUCAUGCCCAGGGACAGCUUCAGCAGGCAAUCGAUACCAAAGGGACCGAGAACCCAGGAUUGAGUGUGGAGGAUUGGGAGGAGGCUAUUUCUGUGAUGUGGACUGAGAUGCAGGGAAGCUUGGCCACAGCACCUGAUUCGUGA